AUGCCACGACAGGAGGAGGAGAAGGAAAAAGGAAACAACAGUCCGCAGCAGACCACAAACGGCGAGGAGGAUGAUGAUAAAGUUGCCCAGAAGUUGCAGGAGGUGAGUUCUAACGACGAGGAGCCAGCGGCGGUGGCGGCGGCGGUACACAAUGCCUGUUGUCAACAGGGGAUCGCGGUGAGCACUUUGAUUAAUUGCAUUUCGGCUUGCCCUUCUGAAGCCGUGUUUGCCGGACGGCCGCGUGCCAGCACGGACUUGCAAGGCAGCAGCAGCCGCUGGUAG